AUGAACAACCGUUUCGACCAUUUCGAGCAAAUCGGCUCAAAAGUGUUGUGUGAGAAGAAUGACAUCUCGGAUAAGACAUCAGUUCCUCAAUGGCUGGACAAAGACAAGAUCAGACGCGCCCAGUCUUUGGCCAAAAAUCAUUUCUUUGGUGUCUUUUUUGCACACUUGUCGGGACUCAUACUUCUGGUUCACAUUAAGUCUAUUCUAAUACCUCUCAUAUCAACUGGUAAUUCAAGAAGUGUUGCCCAUCUGUUCGGUCGUUAUUUGCGAACAUUAGUUCGGGUGAAGAGUUGGUAUGAGGGAGACAUUUGGGACCCUAACCAUCAAAGCCAUCAGUCGGUUGUUCAGGUUCGCAAAAUGCAUACAAAAGUAUCAAAAGAUUUAAAUAAAGGAAAAGAAGAGAUGGCAGAAGAAAUGAGUUUAUCUCAGUUUGAUAUGACUGUAACCCAGUUUGGGGCCUAA